AUGUCCGACAGCAAUAGUCAAAGGGAAGAAAUUUUAGAACCUGAAUCUAAAAAAAUUAAAAUUGACCAUGAAAACGGGAAUGGUGUAACGGACACUCAGUUAAAACUGAAAGACUUUAUAUUAGAGAGGAUUUUAAACAAUAGUACGAAUAGAAAAAGUGUGUGUGUAUUAGGUAAAUUUAAGGACAAAAAUGGCGUGGCUUUGGUUCAUUUAGAAAAAAAUGCUUUCAAAGAAGAAGAUUUGGACAGUGUAGGUUAUUUCUCAGCAGAUACAGAACUAAAAACCUUUUUCCAAAACGACAUUUACGGGAACUACGAGUGUUUCCCGCCUUCUUCUGUUAAUGGUGUAAAGACCACAAUAAUAUACCCUGCUACAGAGAAGCAUAUAGCCAAGUACAGUCAACAACAGUCACACAUUGUUUUGGAGACACCAGAGUUAUAUGACAAGCUGACUCUCCCACAUCUGGAGGAGGAACAGUUCAAUUUACAGUGGGUUUACAAUAUUCUGGAAGGCAAGAGUGAGCAGGACAGAGUGGUCUUCGAUAAUAAGUGCGAGAAGGAAGGUUUCGUACUGCUGCCAGACCUCAAAUGGGACGGCAUCACUAAAGAGACUCUUUAUCUACUUGCUAUCAUUAGACAGAGAGGUAUUAAGUCUUUGAGGGACUUAGAUGAGAGUCACCUACCUCUGCUGAGAAGGAUUCGCGACGAAGGAAAGAAAAAGAUUUUGGAGAAGUACGGUGUUCCCGGCAGUCAGCUGCGCAUUUAUCUCCACUAUCAACCUUCGUUCUACCACCUCCACGUCCACUUCACGUACCUAAAGCACGAGGCGCCCGGCAUCUAUGCCGAGAAGUCGCAUUUACUCGAAACAGUUAUUGACAAUAUCGAAAUGAUAGGUAAUUACUAUAAAAAAGCAACUCUGCCCUUCACCAUUCGGGAAAUGGAUAAUAUUUUCAAUAUUUAUGAGACAAAUGGUCACGUACAGAGAAUCAAACAAGAAAACAUUGAAUUAAUUGAUAAGUAA